CCCAUUGCCACCUGCUCACAGCAUCCAUCUCGGACGAACUCGAUCGCUGAAUUUUAUAUCCAAUCGCUCCAAAACUACUAAAUUUUAGGGCUCUCUGACACUCAAAAUGUUUUCACGAGAUUCCUCGGUGAGCAUUAAAGCCAGUGCCUCCUCCUUGUGCAACAAUCUUACGGUUUUGUCAUCGAAGGAGAAGCAGUCGUUAACUUAUGGCGUCGUUCACAAGGCAUUUGUUUGUAUCACCACCGUUACUAAGGGCACUGUCGUAAACCAGAAGCAAGUCUCUUGUAAAGGAGAAGGAGCUCAUAGUAGCUCUGCUGUGUUGCAGGCAAAGUGGUGUGAACUUCCAGAAAGAACUGUCCUAGUUAUCACAUCUGUUAAGGGUGCCCAGAUGUUUGAAACAGAUGGAUCUAUAAUGAUUUUCUGGCAAGCGCUUGGAGAAUCAAAGGAAGGAGUCUAUUCUCAUUUUGCUAGAGGAAUAUCUGCAGUUGGUGACAAGUACAUUUGUGUUGGUACAUCAGAGGGCAGUAUCAUGGUUUUCGACAUUCCCCCACGUGGAACAGCUGUGAAGCUACAGGAGACACUUGCUUCACAUAAGACAGCCAUUUGUGAGCUUGAAGCACAAGGUGGACGGAUUGUAUCAUCAGAUGAGGACGGUAACAUCAUACUGUGGCAGUCCGGAGGACAUUUUACAGAGAUUAUUAAGAUAGAUGGAAAAGGGUUUCCCUGCUCAACGGUGUGCUUGUACAAGGACUUUAUCAUUGGUGGUUUUGCCACGGGUCACAUUAGGGUCUUCGGUGCGUCAUCUGGUGCGCAGUGUAUUGAGGCGUGCGCUCACGCUCGUUGGAUAAAUGCGAUGGAUAUUUCUGUAGAAGCAGGACUACUUGUUACUGCUUCAGAAGACUCUUGUGUCAGAGUUUGGAAGCUUUCUGAUGAUAGCAGUCCAACGAUGGAAAUGGUAUUUCAACAAGUCAUUGCAGAUACCCAGCUAUGCGGAGCAAGAUUCACGGACUUGUCGGGAGACUCCUUUGGUGUGGCUGGAUAUGACUUAGGAGAGAUAAUAAUGUUUUCCAAAAAAUAGAAAUUUCCUUAAUUUAUUCCUGGUACCAUUACUUUGAAAACAUGCCGUAACGAUUACUUCUAGUGUGAUUAUCAAAGAGAUUUUGCGAAAAGCAAGCCCGCAAAUCCGCAGCCCAGCAGUUCAGCGGCCCACGACGUGCUCUAGGGCUCAGGGCGUAUCUUCUCUGUGGGUGCUCUAAUUUGUCACGGCCUUUAAUAUCUCGUGGUAAUGAAACGAUAAACAUAAAAUCUGAGGACUUUGAAAAUGAACGUCUGUUAAGCCAGUGAGUUUUAAAAUAAUAGACAGUAAAAGGCUUUUAAAAUCAUUUUCCCAAAUAAAAUGAAGGAAAAUGUGACGAAGAUUGCAAAUUAUUGAAACGAUUUUAAAAAAAGGAACGAACGCAAAAACUCGCCAUCGUUCGUCUUGGAUUGUGGAACAUACCACACAGAGUUCAUAGUCUUGGUAUGUACAUGUGGUGCGCUGACCACGACGUGAAAUGAGCGGCAGACUGCUGACUGCUUGUGGCAAAACCCUCUUCAAACGCGCUUGAUUAAAUCCAACUUUGUCCUAUUUCCUUUUUGACCAUUGCUUGGUCUCAUUCUUGUGGCUUUGCAUAGUGUUGUUUCCUUUUAACAUUCUUAAAUACAUUAUUAAUUUGCCGUAGCAACAGCGCUGUUUGCAGAUUGAAAAUCUUCAUAACGCUUUAAAUAUCGGUGAAGUAACCAGCUUAACAGCUUGAAAUAAAUUUUAUCUUGUUAUACAUCAAGGGUUUCAAUUCUUCGAAAUGAUAUAAUUACUGAGAUUAACCUUUUAGUUUAGUUGAAGAUAGGCUAGACUUCAUCGCGGUUUCAGCCGUUGUUCAAAUUUGCAGCCGUUUUGGCUGGAAGCAGACAGCAAAUUCUGUUCUUUUUUCUUGCAAUUAGGGCAGAUCUUGUGAAUUCGUAAACUGGGUUUUCAUAUGGUGCUUUUGGAAAGAUUUUGUUUCUUGUGGUAGCAGUUUUUCUUUCAAAUAGCCAAUUAAUCGUCAAUAGAUUUUUCUACUUACAUCUGACGUAAUUUGUCUUAAAAUCCUUUUCAUGACGUUGUAAAUAUGGCACUAGAGUGUACCAUUUUGAUGCAUCAAUGGUUCCAGUUCUUUUAAAAAAUAUGCAUUUAUACAGAUUAACCUUUAAGUUAUUUAAAGAUAAGUUGAAGUUUAUUAUCCUCUGUCAAGCGUACAGAUAAAUUCUGUUAUUUUUUCUUGACUACCUAAAGUACUCUUAUCGACCACAUGAACUAUGUUUUACGAACCAGAAGGCCCGCCUUUCAAAAGAAAAUUUCAAGAUCGUAGUGGUAAGAUAAUUUAAUCUAGGAUUAGGAUGGAUGUUUUUCCAGAGAUUGUAGGAGAGUGACAAACCUUGAUUAAUCAUCAAGAUUAGUGUAAUUGGCUUGUGAAAAUCCGUAGUUAUGGGCAUCCUUCAAGUUACAGUGACAUAACGUAUUUCAGCGAACAACAAAACCCAUUGUUAAGAUCAUAGACACGUUUAACCGUGGAAAUAACCAAUCUAGAAAGCGAACUUUGUACAACGUUGAGAUAAAGCCUGAGUUAGCAAAAGUAAGGAGAUGUCUUUCUUUAAUUAGCGUGGCGACAUAUAAAGACUUUGCUUCUCGUGGAGUUGUAUUUGUCAGAUAUAUCGUCGAUCCACGACGUACCCAAGUCCAACGUCACCAUUUCAAAAUGAAUCCGCUUUGGUUGUUGAUUAAAAAAGAUCCGUAAGCUUA